AUGCUCAUUUAUUUGAAUGUGCAAGGAUUUCAAGCAAUUGUGCAAAUACCACCAACCAAAUAUAUAUCAGACAAAAAACUGCUUUUGGGAAAUUUCAAUGGGGACGGAAAAACUUAUUCGUCAAAUUUUGCAAAAAAAAAAUUGAAAGAAGUGGAAAAAAGCUAUAUAUCAUUAAACAACAGAGAAUUAUAUGUACGUGACAAUGACCACAAUUCUAACAUACAACAGAAAACUUUUUUUGCGGCAAUAAAUAAUUUUAAUCUCAAUAUAAAUUCGAAUACACAAAAAUUUAAUGAACAAAAAGAUGAUAAUACUUUGACCACCGAUAAUAGUUUAAUUUCUAGUGAUUUUAACGCCAAAGACAACAGUAAAACUUUAUCAAAAAAUUCCAGUCAGUUUAACGUUCCUGAAAAAAAAGUUAAUAGGUUGAAUGACUAUGACCACUUGUCUUUCAUUUCAAAUGGUAGUUAUAAUUAUAAUAGCAUUAGAUUCUACGAUAGAAAAAAAAAGCAAAAAUCAAUUGAAAAGAAUAACGAUGAGGAUUCAUUGCCGAAAUCAACUGAAACCCUGGCUAAACAACAGAGAGACAUAUUAAUGCAAGUAACAGAUUUUGGACUUCAGGAGAUGUUUGAAUUAUUUGAAAUAAAGGAGAAAAAAAUUUUUGAAAAAGGUAUAUUUUUACCAAAAUCGAGUCCUGGUAGUUAUUUAGCAGCUUUCAACCAUCAAUCUCCAGAAGUAAAAAAAUUUGCAAGAUUUGGCUAUGCGUCCCUGAGAGCAACCGCACAAUUGGUCACUGAACUGGCUCAUUCUAAGUUUCGACAAGAAAUGUUUAACGUAUCAGAAGACAGUACCAAAGAUUUCCCUGAAAUAUCUCUUCUGGAUACGUCGCUCCACGAAGUUUGCCCGUUAAAAGACACUCCAAUUUGUCCUGUAUGGAAUCAUUUAUAUAGAACAAUGGAUGGAACGUGUAAUAAUUUGAAACAUCCAUGGUGGGGUUCCAGAUUUCAACCUCUUAAACGUUUUUUGGCUCCUCACUACGAAGACGGAUUAGAAGCUAUAAGGCGAUCAAUUAAAGGUGGUCCAUUACCCAGUGCAAGAUUAGUUAGUACGGAAGUUCAUUGGGAUAAAAACGUUGAAUCUAAAUCUGUUACUCAUUUGUUAAUGCAAUGGGGACAAUUUUUAGAUCACGACAUGACAUCUUCGUCCCAAUCAAGAGGAUUUGGUGGAUCGGUUCCGAGAUGUUGCGAUGCUCCUCCUGAUUUGCAGCAUCCGGAUUGUUUACCUAUUGAAGUUCUACCGGACGACAGGUUUUUUUCUAGAUUCGGCAUUCGAUGCCUUGAAUUUUUAAGAAGUGCUCCGUCUUCUAGAGUGGGUUGUGCCUUAGGUCCAAGAGAACAAAUUAACCAAGUGACUUCUUACAUAGAUGGUUCAAUGAUUUAUGGAAAUUCCGAGAGAGAGUCUUCAAAGCUGAGACUUUUUCGCAACGGUAUGCUGAAGUAUACCCGCAUGCCGCAAAGACUUCCUUUAUUACCAAUAGACCGAGACAAAGGAGAAUUUUGUAGAAAAUCUUCACCUGAUUUUUUUUGCUUACAUUCUGGAGAUUCAAGAAUGAAUGAGCAACCAGGGCUUUUGGCAAUUCACAUAGUUUUUCUGAGACUUCAUAAUCGUUUGACAAGAAAUCUUGCACACUUAAAUCCAGAAUGGAAUGACGAACGAUUAUUUCAAGAAACGAGGAAAAUUGUUGGUGCUAUUAUACAACACAUUACCUACAGAGAAUUUUUACCGAUCGUUUUAGGUCAAGACGUCAUGUCCAUUUUUGGUAUAGAUUUGUUAAAAACUGGAUAUUAUCAAAACUACAGUGAAUCUGUAAGCAGCACCGCAGCAAAUUCUUUUGCCACGGCAGCAUUUAGAUUUGGCCACAGUAUGGUUCAAGGAAAAUUUCUAAAAUGGGAUGAUAUUAGAAAAGAAGAAAUAAUUAAUGUGUCUUUACACGAUGAAUUACUCGAUACCGGAAGCCUUCAUCGUUUUGGAGCAGUAGAUAACUUAAUGUUAGGAAUGUGUAGACAAGGAGCGCAAAAAAGAGACGAACACUUUACGGUGGAAUUGACAAAUCAUUUAUUUCAAACUCCAAAUUUUCCAGCCGGCCUGGAUUUAGCCGCAAUAAACAUACAAAGAGGAAGAGAUCAUGGUUUGCCGAGUUAUAAUUCAUGGAGAAAUCCUUGCGGAUUAAGAAAAAUGAAAAACUGGAAUGAUUUAUUGAAUGUAAUGUCCCAGGAGUCCAGAGAUGCACUCAGAAGAAUUUACAGAGAUGUUAAUGACGUUGAUUUGUACACUGGAGGUUUGGCAGAAUUUUCCGUAAGAGGUGGACUAGUCGGCUCAACAUUUGCUUGCAUAAUAGGUCAACAUUUUAGAAAUUUAAGAAAAGGUGACAGAUUUUGGUACGAAAAUGGAGGUUUCGAAAGUUCUUUCACAGUUGCUCAAUUGAAAGCUAUAAGAAGAGUAACAUUGGCAAGAAUUCUUUGCGACAAUCUCGAUUUAUCUGAAGAAAUUCAACCUUUUGUAUUUCUAACCGAAGAUAACCUUAGAAAUCCAAAAAUUUCAUGUAGAUCUCGUGAAAUUCCAUUUAUCGAUUUAACUCCUUGGAAAGAAUUAAAUAAAGGAAAGUUAAAUCAAAAAGAAAAAGAAGGGAUUCCAACCGAAAUUUCAUUAUUAGAAAUACCGACAAUAAAAUCAAAUUUAAAAAUUGACGUAGAAAUUCCAAAACCCAUCGAAUAA